GAGCAAAACUCCCUUUCUGUGACUAAUUUAUUUUAGUUUAUUCCUUUAAGUGCUCUGUUACAUGUGGCCUGGGUGAGAGGUAUCGACAAGUACAUUGCAGAUUAAGUAACGGACAGAACAGUAGUGACUGCGAUGUAAACAAGAGACCGUUGACCGUUAUGGCGUGCAUUUUAAGAGAUUGUCCUGUGUGGCAUGAGGAUUUCUGGAGUGAAUGCUCAGUCUCUUGCGGAGAAGGUCAAAGGCGGAGAAGUGUCGACUGCCGAUUCGCAAAUGGCCAGUCGAGUCCCGGAUGUGACGAGAAACUCAAACCUGCAACUAGAGAAGCUUGUAACAUCAGACCUUGUCCGUAUUGGAUGAAAGGAGACUGGGGCAAAUGUUCAGUGACUUGUGGCUCAGGAAUUAAGAUUCGUUCAGUGGAGUGCAGCGAUAAAGAUAUAAGCUGUGACGCAGGAACGAAACCACCAACUUCAGAACGAUGUGAACUUAAAGAGUGUCCACGAUGGAUAACGAGCCCUUGGGAGGAGGUAAAUGAGUUUACAUGAAGAAUAGACCAAUUUUGGUAUAUUAAAAUUCAGCCUAAAACAAUAGACCUGAGUACGAGGCU